CAAAUUAGCUGUAGAUAUUGAUCAAUUAAUCUUCUUCCGACAAAGUUUCAUUAUCGAAGGAGUUUCUACAUUGUCAACGUUCUUUUGGAAUUCAAUACAACUAUUACGAAGUAAUCAACAUGAAGCUUCUGCUCGCAUCAAUGGCCGUUCUAGCCGUGGCAGCUUACGGCUUAGAUCUAGAUGCCAAUGCGUGUCAUCCAUGCCCCCAGUUCUGGCUUUUAUUCAACGGGAACUGCUACCGUUACUUCGGGGAGCGGGUCACUUGGGAAGAGGCUCGGAAUCGCUGCAGGGAUCACUAUUCCUUGAAUGGACGGGCCGAUUUAGUAUCCAUUCACACGGAACAGGAGAACGCCUUCGUAUACGACCUUUUUCGUUCUUCUGCAAGCAUCACACCGGAUCUUAGUGCUCCGCCAACUUAUGGGGUUUGGAUUGGUGCCUAUCAGACAACAAAAGGCUCAACCGGACCUUUCAUCUGGUCUGAUGGAUCCGGUCUAGACUUCGAGCAAUGGAUGAUUGGUCAGCCGUCCAACUGGAAAGGCAACGAGGACUGCGCUCAUUUGUGGCGUAGGGACGCAGAAGAUGAUAUCCUCCAGUCGUGGAACGACAUGCCCUGUGGAAAUGACCAGCCUUUCAUUUGUAAGGUGGCCCCAAAUUAGAAAUUCGAAUUCGGCUGUCCCUUGAAUUCGAAGCUUCCUUGAUGUAUCUGUGUGGUUGAGACUACAAUUUAAAUUCUUUGACAUUAUUCCGAAAUCCUUGGAAACUAGUAGUGCUAGCAGCAUAGAUUGACUCAAUAGGGCUAUCAUAACGUUCCGAGGGUGUGGCAUGGAUGACCAAUUCUAUUUUCCACAGUCCAUUAGUCAGUCUAUCGUGUUUUCGCUUUAUCGCAAGGGACAAAUUGACGGUUUGGGAGAAGUUUACUUUUAGUUUUCUUUCUAGUACAGUAUACAAAAUCCGUCACAUUGUUAAACGAUUAAGGCUCCGUCAUCCCGCCGUAUUUUAAAUAAACAAUCGUUUUUUGUUGGGGGAUGUAUAGGCACUUCAAGCCCUUAAAGAUACAUGUUUAAAGAAAAUGUCCGGAGGAAAUUGGGAAAGGUUAAUUACAAAGUAUUUGUUAAUUGCUGUAUACGCUGAUGUUACAGAAUCAUCAAAAUGAUGGAAUUAGAGAUUCGAUUUUAGUCACGUUCAGUGCUCACAUAAAUGGCGAUAUGGGACACACACAUGUGCUUGAAACUUUGGUUCAAUAUUUCAGCUAUUUCUCGUAAUAUUUCAGAUCUAAAGGCAUUUGCAGAGCGACUCAUAUCAGAUGACAUUUUUGCCAUGAUAUUAUUCAAACAAAAGUAACACAUUAAAAGAAUGAGACAAAUUAAAAAUUCUUAUCCCAGUACCAGAACUCUGUCUUCUUUUCACGAGCGAAUGCAAUGUCAAUUAAAAGAUGCUAGAUCCGUAGUGACUACCUUCAGAUAUAAUUAAGAAGGAUACUUUUAAUUGGUUUCAGGCUUUUGUCAUGGUGAUUAACUGUUGUUCUGAAAUUCUAGUCAUUUACCUUAGCAUCCGUAGAUAAGAGUGAAAUUUAAAUUCGCCGUUUUUUUAAAAUCAAAUAUCUUUGCUGUGGAAAUCUACAAAAUAUGAUCAUACAAAUUUUGCUCCUUGAAUUUGAGGAUCUGUUACUUGAAAAGUCGAAUUACUGUAAAAUACCACUCAACAUAUAUUUCAUCCCCUCUUUCUAUGUUUUUAGUGUUCCCUUCCUUUUUCUUAUCACAUUUCCUGCUACAUAUUUCUUUUCUACAGUUCGACUAAGCCAACUUUAUUUUAUGCUUUUAUAGCUGGAGUGAAUAAAUUACAGGCCAUAUCUCACAA